AGUAUGAAGGUCUUCGCAGUCUUGGUUUUGGCCAUCGCCUCCGCCUCCGCUGGGCUCCUGCCCCAGAUCGCUCCUGUGCAUCCUCGUGACAGGACCACAGUGCCCUCCAUUACCGGUCGCAUCACCAACGGAAACAACGCCGUGGCGGAUCAGUUCCCCUACCAGGUGGGACUGAGCUUCGUCGGAUCGGAGGGCAGCUGGUGGUGCGGUGGAUCGAUCAUCGACAACUCCUGGAUUCUGACUGCUGCCCACUGCACCAGCGGUGCCUCCUCCGUGACCAUCUACUAUGGAGCUACCGUUCGCACCAGCCCGCAGUUCACCCACACCGUUUCCAGCUCCAACUGGAUCCAGCAUGCCAACUACAUCUCUCUGACCGUCCGCAACGACAUCUCCCUGAUCAAGACCCCGUCCGUAACCUUCUCGGCUGCCGUCAACAAGAUCGCCCUGCCCGCCAUCGCCAGUAGCUACUCCACUUACGUUGGCCAGACCGCCGUUGCCUCUGGAUGGGGUCUUACCUCCGAUGAGGCCACCGCCGUGGCCAGGGACCUCCAGUUCACCGACCUGACUGUCAUCGAGAACUCCGUGUGCCAGAAGGCCUUUAGCAGUCUGAUCGUCACCAGCAGGGUGAUCUGCGUGGCCACCCCCAAGGGAACUUCCACUUGCCAGGGAGACUCCGGUGGCCCCCUGGCUCUGGAUGGCACCCUCAUCGGCAUCACCUCCUUUGGAUCGCCCGAUGGUUGCGAGGUUGGCGAGCCAGCCGCCUUCACCCGCGUGACCAGCUACUUGGACUGGAUCAAGACCAACUCCGGAGUUUCGGCUUAGAGGAUCCAACGAGUCCUGUAACUUUUUCAAAAAUAAAAUGAGAGCAUUCAAAUA